GGAGUCCUCCUGCACGACCCCCAAUGCCCAGGGCCCAGGGCUUGGGGGCGGACUCCGCGCAGCGACGUCACGGCGCACCGUGCGUCGGGUCAAAGUUCAGCCCCGCCCCUCUUUCCCUCGCUGUCUUCCUCGGCCUGCGCUGCCGCCGACGCCGCUGUGGGCCUGGCUGCGCUCCGUCUGCUCCGUCGCUUACUUCCCUAAGCGCUGCCCGGCCGGCCGCCAUGGCAAACGUGGCCGACACCAAGCUGUACGACAUCCUGGGCGUCCCGCCCGGUGCCAGCGAGAACGAGCUAAAGAAGGCAUACAGAAAGUUAGCCAAGGAAUACCAUCCUGAUAAGAAUCCAAAUGCUGGUGACAAAUUCAAAGAAAUCAGUUUUGCAUAUGAAGUACUGUCAAAUCCUGAGAAGCGUGAAUUAUAUGACAGAUAUGGAGAACAAGGUCUUCGGGAAGGUAGCGGUGGAGGUGGUGGCAUGGAUGAUAUUUUCUCUCACAUUUUUGGUGGGGGAUUGUUCGGCUUCAUGGGCAAUCAGAGUAGAAGUCGAAAUGGCAGAAGAAGAGGAGAAGACAUGAUGCAUCCACUUAAAGUGUCUUUAGAAGAUCUGUAUAAUGGCAAGACAACCAAACUACAACUUAGCAAGAAUGUACUCUGUAGUGCAUGCAGUGGCCAAGGCGGAAAGUCUGGAGCUGUUCAGAAGUGUAGUGCUUGUCGAGGUCGAGGUGUACGCAUCAUGAUCAGACAGCUGGCUCCAGGAAUGGUACAACAGAUGCAGUCUGUGUGUUCUGAUUGUAAUGGAGAAGGAGAGGUAAUUAAUGAAAAGGACCGCUGUAAAAAAUGUGAAGGGAAGAAGGUGAUUAAAGAAGUCAAGAUUCUUGAAGUCCACGUAGACAAAGGCAUGAAACAUGGACAGAGAAUUACAUUCACUGGGGAAGCAGAUCAGGCCCCAGGAGUGGAACCAGGAGACAUUGUACUUUUGCUACAAGAGAAGGAACAUGAGGUGUUCCAGAGAGAUGGGAAUGAUUUGCACAUGACAUAUAAAAUAGGACUUGUUGAAGCUCUGUGUGGAUUUCAGUUCACAUUUAAGCACCUUGAUGGACGUCAGAUUGUGGUAAAAUACCCCCCUGGAAAAGUAAUUGAACCAGGUUGUGUCCGUGUAGUUCGAGGAGAAGGAAUGCCACAGUAUCGUAAUCCCUUUGAAAAAGGUGAUCUUUACAUAAAGUUUGAUGUGCAGUUUCCUGAAAACAACUGGAUCAACCCAGACAAGCUUUCUGAACUAGAAGAUCUUCUACCAUCUAGACCAGAAGUUCCAAACAUAAUUGGAGACACAGAGGAAGUAGAGCUUCAAGAAUUUGAUAGCACUCGGGGCUCGGGAGGUGGUCAGAGGCGUGAAGCCUAUAAUGAUAGCUCUGAUGAAGAAAGCAGCAGCCAUCAUGGACCAGGAGUGCAAUGUGCCCAUCAGUAAACUCUGCAAACAAAUUGCACAGGUGGAUUUUCUUUCCACAUUUGCCCGGUUUGCUUUCAGCGAUCCAGCUGGAGUGUCUGGUCAGUCCAGAUGAACUGAUGGACAUCUGUUGGUCUAUGUGUAACUUUUAAAAUUGGUAUAGUAUCUACAGAGUGUAUAAUUUAAACUAACCACAAAGCUUUACAUCUUCAUUUUGACUGUUCUGUAGCAGAAUAAAGCACUUGAAAGGAAAUAAGACUCCCUUUCACACAUGGGUUAUAAGUUUCAGUCCUGGUAUCCGUGCUUGAUUUUUUUAUCAGUUUUGUGUAGAUUUUAUGUUUCAUAUUUUAAAUCCAAAUCCCACAUUGUAAAGUUUGUGUACAAUUUGUCCUGAAGCUUUGUGUUUGGCUGCACCUGCGUAAGCUGCUACAAAUAGAAUAAAGAAUUUCAUAGCCUGUAUCUAUCAUUUAGAUGCAUGGAAAAAUGGGCUUUGCACACAAUGGGUUUGGAGCUGACUGGGAACAAUGGAAAAAAAUAACAUUAGCUGUGGUUGUAAAGUCCCCUCCACUUUUUUUUUUUUUUUUACCAUCUUGUGAAAGGUUUCUGAAACUCGAUAAUAAAAAGCAGUUGGUAUAAAUUAUUCUUUGUGUCACAUUUUUAGAAGGAAGAACAUACUUUGAACUGUAAAAUGUAUCCUUAAACUGGAGAAUGUAUCCUUCAUUCUGGUUCUUAAGCAGCCCUUAAAAACCCAUUGGCCUGAAGCUUAUGCCUCAGGUAUGUGCCCAUUUUAUAGUAUUAAAAGGCAAAAAGAAAGUUUGGUAUGUUGGUAGAAACAGGCUUUAUUGGCUUCAAUUGAUGCUUUGUACAGUCAAGGACAUCUGAGUUAUGUAACUCAUAAGUUACGAUCCUGAGCAUCCGGGCCAGGUUAACCUAGCCUCUGUAUCUCCCCACCACCACCCCUUUUAAAAAUAAGGUAACAGCAAAUCAAUAUUAGAACCAUGUCUGCAUAGAACCUGUUAAAAUGCUGUUUUCAUUAAAUGUUAAGUUAAAGAUUCUCUGUCUCCAUUAAGUUGAAUAUUUGAGAUUGGGGGAAGCAUUGAUUACUAAUGUUUUAUAGAAAAGUAAGACUCUUAGGCUGGUAUGAGAAAAAUCAGGUAAAACUGCUAUGAAGAGGAUGUUGUGUUGCUCUUUCCAUCUUCUAUUACCUUCUUUUCAUUCCCAGAGUAGAUAUUUUUAGAACACACUUUAAUUUUAGGGAGAAGAAACAUUAGUUGUACAUUUUACAUUUGUAAAAGAACAAAGAGGGAAAAGUGAAAACUAAAAUUUAAAAAUGUAUUAUGCCAUCCCUGAGCCUCAACACAGUACUUGUAGUUUAUUUCUAGGUCUACCAUAACCUGAAUGGGGGGCAUGUGGUGGGGGUGGGAAGGGUCCUGGCAUUAAUCAAGGCCUGUGAGGUUUAAAUUAUUGCCCUAUCCUCUCUACCUCCAUUGUACAAAAAAUAUUUUACAACCAGCCUGGGCAAGAUUCAACAGCAUAGUAGUUUUGUAUCCAAGGUUACUUCCCCACAACCACUUUAAGGGUAAGAAAUGCAGUGGCAAUAUAAAGUUUGUAGCCUUUCCAAUAAAGGUUUAUAAAACAUUA